AUGACGAUACACGGACUAUGGGUAAUAUCCAAAGCUGGCGGUUUGGUGUUCUCGAGAUCAUACAGUGAUGUCCUUCCACCUCAGCCUGUCAAUACCAUUUUGACGUUAGCAGGUAUAUUACACGGUAUCCACGCCAUCACGGCCAAGUUGACACCUACACCUAUACCUGGCGUACCGGUCGGUGGAUUGGAGAGCUUCGAAGCUGAGGGAUGGGGUGGGAAGGUAUUCCUGACGCCGACAGGCACAAAAUUUGUCCUUCUGCAUUCGAUACCGCAAACAGAAUUGGAUGAUUUGAUGAAGAGGAUAUACGAGAUAUACUCCGACGCAGUGAUGAAAAACCCAUUCCAUACGCCCGAAAUGCCCAUAAAUUCAUCUUUGUUUGAAACGAAAUUACAGACUCUCAUGUCAGGUGUGAAUGCUUAG